UGAUAAAAUAAGACAUUCGUGCGUGCUGGUUAGGUCAGCUGAGUUGCAGCAACUUUCAAAAUAUUUUGAAGGAGAAUUUUUUCUUGUGAGCAUGAAGUCCUUUCCGCGGCGUGUCUUCCUCCUGCGGGUUCACCGUUACUUUGUGGAUCACCUGAAAAAUCGCUCAGACAGCAUUUUGAGGUUAUGGAUGGAUCAGUGCGAGUACAUUGUGAGCCAGAGGAUUCGCCGGGGGCAGCAAAUGCUAUCGCUGUACACAAAGAUCUGUGCCGAAGAGGAGAUCCGGGAGCUCCUUGGGCGCCUCCGACGUCAUGUGCAGCGUCACGCGAAAGGUAUCAUGCUGAGCGCUGUGGCGUUCACAUUCAACUGGAAUGACGAACGGAUCACCCUUGAAUCCGUCCGGGAGCACUUUGAGGAGAUUAAUUUCGUGGAGAAGCUCAAGGAGAGCACCCUCGUGUGCCGGAAGUGCUUCAAGAGGCGCAUAAUUGACAAGAAAAUCGAUGGGAUUGAGUACUGUGUGUGCACGGAUGCCCACAAACGCUGCCCCAGCGACUGGGAGCCCUACCUUGAGCGGCAGGACCUGAUUAUUUGGCGCCAAAUGCAACCAUGUGGGAAAUUCGUCUACAAAGUCUACGGCGAAUACACCGAUGUGUCCGCACAGGACUUCCUGCAUGUCCAGACGGAUCUUGAGUAUCGCCGUGAGUGGGAUUCCACGGCUAUUGCGCUCGAAUUAAUUGACACGGACACCUCGCCGGGAUCCAAUAGCCACGUUAUCUACUGGGAGAUGCUCUGGCCGAAACUCUUUGCCAAUCGUGACUACGUGUACAAUCGACGGACUUUCGUGGAUAGGAAGCGUCAAGUGAUUGUAAUUGCAAAUAGGAGUACACAUCAUCCCAGAUGCCCGGUGAAGCCGCCGAAUCAGCGUGUAUCGGACUACUGGAGCUACAUGGUGAUAAAGCCGAGUAAGUCAUUCAAGAGUACGGGAUUGCGGUUUGUUUUAACGUAUUUCGAUGAUCCGGGCAUUGUGAUUCCGCCUGCGGUCACCUCGUGGGUGGCACGUAAGCAAAUGCCGGAAUUCCUCAAUCGUUUGCACGCUGCAACGCUAAAGUACGCCCAGAUGCGGCACGAUGAGGAGGUGGAAGCCCUCAAUCGUGUGUAUGCGCAUGAAAAUCUCCCAGAUCCGGGCUAUGAGUACCCUCCGGAUCCGGAGGUGGCCACAGACGAUAAACCCACGUCGUCAUCUAGCUCCGGGGGUGAUCGUAUCCUUGAAGAGGUGGUGGAUGCCCAAGAAGAAGAGGAGGAGGCGAGUGAUUCAAAAAAUAAAUCCUGGUGGAGAUUCUUCCAUCCAUACUACUAUUUUGCGUGAGAUGAAGGAUAAAGAAGAGAAGAAGAAGAAAAAAAAACUAGUCUAACGCAGGUCGUGCUCUCCUCCAAAUUAUAAAAAAGGAAAAAAAUCAAUGCAUUUUAGUAGUUCGAUUGUAGCUGCAAGAUUUUUAGCAUCAAGAUUAGUGUGUUGUUUGUUCUUUAACCUCAAGCAAAGAGUUUACAAAAAGAAAAUUCAUUCGACUGAUGGGAAUAAAAACGACAUUUUAUCGUUUAAAAUUGA